AUGGCUCCCCAGGGUCUCGCCAUCAUCAUCGGCGCCGGCCGCACCUCAGGCGCCGGCAUCGCCCGUGUCCUCGCCGAUCCCCAGAAGGGCAACAUGGCCGUCGCCCUCCUCGCCCGCAACAAGGACGCCCUCGAUGCCCUCGCCUCGGACCUGCGCGUCUCGUCCAACGGCGGCAUCCUCCAGGCCUUCGCCACCAACACCAACCCCGACCGCCUCAAGGCCACCUUUGCCCAGAUCGCCGCGGAGCCCGCCUUCAAGGACCUCAAGCUCGCCCUGGCCAUCUACCACGUCCGCAACGCCGCCCGCAAGCCCUUCCUCGAGGAGACGCCCGAGGCCUUCAACGAGACCAUGCAGACCUACACCACCGGCGCCGUCGUCUUCGCCCAGGAGGCCCUCAAGCUCAUGUACGCCCAGCACGGCGGCCAGACGCCCCUCGCUGAGACCGCGGGCGCCGUCAAAGGCACCAUCAUCUUCACGGGGACGCUGGGAGCCCUGCGCACGAACCAGAACUACGCGUCGUACGGGGCCUCGCGUGCCAGCGUGCGCAUGAUCGCCCAGGCCAUCGCCAAGGAGCACAGCAAGUUCGGCGUGCACGUCGUCCACGCCAUCGCCAACGGGCCCAUCGCCGACGAGGACAGCGAGAAGACGCAGACGGGGGUCAGCAUGAGGGGCGAGGACGUGGGGGAGACGUAUCUCUGGCUGUCGAGGCAGCCGUCGUCGCUGUGGGUGCACGAGCUGGAUAUGCGUCCGGCGCAGGAGAACUUUUAG